CACGAGGCUCGGCCAAUGGGAAUGCGCGCUGCGAGGCCAGGAGGUCUGCGCCGCGAGGCUGAGAACCCCGCGCGCAGGCGGGGGGCUCUGGGCGCGCUCCAGCAAACUUCCUGGAGCCCGCGGGUCCCGAACCCUCCCGGGCCGCGCGGCGUCGCCCAGCCAGCCAUGGCCCCCGACCCGGUGGCCGCCGAGACCCCGGCCCAGGGGCCUACCCCGCGCUACUUCACCUGGGACGAGGUGGCGCAGCGCUCGGGAUACAAGGAGCGGUGGCUUGUGAUCGACCGUAAGGUGUACAACAUCAGCGAGUUCACCCGCCGGCACCCAGGGGGUUCCCGGGUCAUCAGCCACUACGCCGGGCAGGAUGCCACGGAUCCCUUUGUGGCCUUCCACAUCAACAAAGACAUUGUGAAGAAGUAUAUGAACUCUCUCCUGAUUGGAGAACUGUCUCCGGAGCAGCCCAGCUUUGAGCCCACCAAGAAUAAAGAGCUGACUGAUGAGUUCCGGGAGCUGCGGGCCACAGUGGAGCGGAUGGGGCUCAUGAAAGCCAACCAUGUCUUCUUCCUGCUAUGCCUGCUGCACAUCUUGCUGCUGGAUGGUGCAGCCUGGCUCACCCUUUGGGUCUUUGGGACGUCCUUUUUACCCCUCCUCCUCUGUGCAGUGCUGCUCAGUGCAGUUCAGGCCCAGGCUGGCUGGCUGCAGCAUGACUUUGGGCACCUGUCAGUCUUCAGCACCUCAAAGUGGAACCAUCUGCUACAUCAUUUUGUGAUUGGCCACCUGAAGGGGGCCCCCGCCAGUUGGUGGAACCACUUGCACUUCCAGCACCAUGCCAAGCCCAACUGCUUCCGCAAAGACCCAGACAUCAACAUGCAUCCCUUCUUCUUUGCCUUGGGGAAGAUCCUCUCUGUGGAGCUUGGAAAACAGAAGAAAAAAUAUAUGCCCUACAAUCACCAGCACAAAUACUUCUUCCUGAUUGGGCCCCCAGCCUUGCUGCCUCUCUACUUCCAGUGGUAUAUUUUCUAUUUUGUUAUCCAGCGGAAGAAGUGGGUGGACUUGGCCUGGAUGAUGACCUUCUAUGCCCGCCUCUUCCUCACUUAUGUGCCACUGUUGGGGCUGAAAGGCUGCCUGGGCCUCUUCUUCGUGGUCAGGUUCCUGGAAAGCAACUGGUUUGUGUGGGUGACACAGAUGAACCACAUCCCCAUGCACAUUGAUCAUGACCGGAACAUGGACUGGGUCUCCACCCAGCUCCAGGCAACAUGCAACGUCCACAAGUCUGCCUUCAAUGACUGGUUCAGUGGACACCUCAACUUCCAGAUUGAGCACCAUCUUUUCCCCACGAUGCCCCGACACAAUUACCACAAAGUGGCUCCCCUGGUGCAGUCCUUGUGUGCCAAGCAUGGCAUAGAGUACAAGUCCAAGCCCCUGCUGUCAGCCUUCGCCGACAUCGUCCACUCACUGAAAGAGUCAGGGCAGCUCUGGCUAGAUGCCUAUCUUCACCAAUAACAACAGCCACCCUGCCCAAUCUGGAAGAAGAGGAGGAAGACUCUGAAGCCAAAGCAGGGGGGAGCUUGAGGGACAAUGCCACUACAGUUUAAUACUCGGGGGGGGUGGGUUUGGGGACAUAAAGGCUCUGACUCAAACUCCUCCCUUUUAUCUUCUAGACACAGUUCUAAGAUCCAAAGUUGGGGGUGAACACAGAAGUCCCCCAGAAGGAGUGAAGGAGCUGUUGGGGCAGGGGCAUAAACAGUUUUUCCCUUUUCUAGUUUGGCACAUACAGGUGGUUGGUUAGCAGAGGAAACCAGAAGGGCAGUAGAAAAGGAGGGACCUACCGAACCCAGAGUCAGGAAGAGAUUUAACACUAAAAUUCCACCUAGGCACGGUGGCACAUGCCUGUAAUCCCAGCACUUUGGGAGGCCGAGGCGGGCAGAUCAUGAGGUCAGGAGUUUGAGACCAGCCUGACCAACAUGGUGAAAUCCCGUCUAUACUAAAAAUACAAAAAUUAGCUGGGCGUGGUGGCAGGCAUCUGUAAUCCCAGCUACCCAGGAGGCUGAGGCAGGAGAAUCACUUGAACCAGGGUGGUGGAGGUUGCAGUGAGCCAAGAUCAUACCAUUGCAUUCCAGCCUGGGCAACAGAGUGAGACUCCAUCUCAAAAAAAAAUUCCACUCAUAUAAAGGGUGAGCUCAGCUCACUGGUCCACUUCUCAGUGCCUUCUCCAUCCUCACUUCCAAGCCUCAGAGGGAUAAAAGCAGUUGAACCUGUUGAGCAAGAAUUAUAAUAGAAAGGUAGCAUGAAUGCUUAGAAUUCUGAGGUCUAGCACAACUCAGUGCCUGGGAACUCAGCUCACUGCCCAGGGAUAGGUGUGACCUGUGUCUGCCUCAGGUUGGUGGGAGAAGCCAUUCUCCAGUUUCAGAAGCAGGCAGGGCAAAGGUCAAGACUUGGCUUCAAAGGAUCCUGGAACCACUGAUUUUGGUUUAUUCCCUCCAGGGUCUAAAGAGAACAAGAGGUGCUAGUUCUUACCAAAACAGAUGGUAGAGAGUUGCUGGCUAUUGAAAAGCCCCUUCACCUUUUAAUUCACCUCUUCUUUUUACCUCUUUAGCCAUCCCCCAGGAACAGAACACUCCUAGGACUGGGAGUCUACUUUUAGCUCCAUAAGCAAGUGAGCAGAUGGGACAACUCAGUCUUUCCUCCCUAGAAACAAAGGAGAUGCCUAGUGGUUUCCCUUUGCUUCCCACCUAAAAUUCCAAGUUUAAUAAAAUAGCAGUUAGUGAGCAUAAGUGACCAAAUUUGGAGAUAAUUAUUGGUCAUGAGGAAAGACACACAUUUUGGUCAUAAAUAAUGUGAGGGCUAUAAGCAGAAACUUUCUAUAGCCUAAAUGAUGUUAUAGCAUUAUUUUUGAGCAGGAGCAGAAAGAUUAAUAUGAUCACUUCAUAGUUCUAAAUCAGAAAUAGGAAGACUAAAACCACAGAACAGUUUGUGAUUGCUAUUGCUGUAGCCAGGUAUCUUACUCUUCUGGAGAACAAAUGGGCUUGGGAAGAGACUAUCCUAAAUUCCUAUUAGUGUAAUACUGAAAUAUAACUUUUUAAUCUUCCGGUUUUUAAAAGAUAAAUGCAGUUUAGCCCGUACUCCAGAGAGCAAACACAGGAAUAGGUCUCAGGAGGCUUCGCUCCUAGGGCUUAUCAUCAGACCUCAUACCCACUUCCCCCUCUAACCUGAGGCCUUUGCUUCCAGGUGAGGGGAUUACUUCUUUGCUGCUUCAGCAGCAUCUAAUCUAGGCAUAUUGAUCAUCUGGGACACUGGGAAAAGAGAACCUCAAACUAGUAGACAGAGCCUACAUUUAGUUUUGGGAGGGGAUGGCAGACAGUCAAGGAGAUGAGGGUCCUAAGGCACAUUGGGAUAGGGUCAGAGGCACCACCCUUGGAGAGGCUAGAGGUUUGUCAACACAAAGACACAGGAAAAGUGGGCUGCAGAAGAUUUACAUGUUUUCCAUUUGGGCACAUUUUGCUUAGCUGGAGAACAGCUGGUUUAAAACAGCCUGAGUGGGAAAAUCAGAAGCAAGUUGGGCGCAGUGGCUCAUGCCUGUGAUCCCAAUACUUUUGGGAGAUGCAGGCAGGAGGAUCACUGGGGCCCAGGAGGUCAAGGCUGCAGUGAGCGGAGAUCACACCACUGCACUCCAGCCUGGGGUGAUAGAGCAAGAUCCUGUCUCAAAAAAAAAAGAAAAUAAAUUAGAAGCAGAAUUGAGCUGUAUCUCAUUGGCUUCCUCUCUCCAAAACAGGUGCUGAUGAUUCCCAUUCCCAUUCCUUGCCACCUAAGGUUUGGGUGUGGUGUCACCAGCCUGGUUAGCCAAGUGGCUUUGGGCUGAGGCUGCCCAAUCUGAGCAAACACCAGUGAGGCUCUAUUGAGCCCAGAUCAGGUCCUGAAAGCACUGGAACCACCAUGGCCUCUCCUCAGCCUACAGCAGUGUGGUCUCACAUGGCCAUGAAGGGACACACAGUGACAAAAGGCUCAGAAUGUUACAAUGGGAAAAUGAGUGAUCUCCACUGACAGAUGUAAAAUAGGCCUAGAGAGGAAAAGGUGCCUCUGGUCACACAGAUCAUGGCAGAACUAAUUCCAACUCACUUUUUUUACAACUCCAACUUCUAUGUUUAUUUUUGUUACUUUCAUUUUUUUUACAGCCUGGCCAGAGGCAUUUUUUAAAAUCAGGCCUGAUACCAGUACCCUUUUUCUGUGUGCCAGUUUUGUUAUCACAUCCUGUUGAAGUUGAAAAAUAAAGUUAAUUUUGACCAAAAGA